CUUCUGCACACGUCUCUACUCAAUUUGGAGCCGGCCGGCGUGUGCAAAAGAGGUGUAUCCGAAGACCCGUGUGUAAAGCCGCGUUUCCAAAGUGUAUAAAACCGGGAGCAUCUGGCCAAUGUGCAUCAGUUGUGGUCAGCAGCAAAAUCAAGUGAAUCAUCUCAGUGCUCUUAAAGGCCUAAAUAGCCCAUCUCUACCUUUUGUGAAGUGAACAAGUUCGCCGAAAACCAACUACAUCAAGAUGCCUUGCCCAUGCGGAAGCGGUUGCAAAUGCGCCAGCCAGACCACCAAGGGAUCCUGCAACUGCGGAUCUGACUGCAAGUGCGGCGGCGACAAGAAAUCCGCCUGCGGCUGCUCCAACUAAGCUCUCCCUUAUGGAUCAUCUGGAGAGGAUGACGCCGCCUUUUGUCUUUGAACUGAUUUCUGAAUAAUUUCCGAUAAAAAGCCCAAUGUUUUUUCAUCUACUUCCCCUCCAAUUUAUGUCAAAUUAAAGUAAUUGAAACCUAA